AAGUAAUUGAAACCAACCCUAAGCUCCUUUUUUCUCCGCUAUAAAGGUAGCCCCAAUUAUUACUGACUUAAGCAUUAGAGUAUCUACCCCGAGGACCCACCUCGGGACUUUGCAGGUCAAUUCGAAGUGCAGACACAGACUAAGGAAGGUCUUCUGGUUUGGUGCAAUUACAUUUGGCGCCGUCUGUGGGAAUCGAACUGAAAGCUCCCUCAUUGCUCUCAUCAUGGUUAACACUCGAUCAGUCCAAGCUGGAAACUCAUCUUAGCCUCCUGGACGAGGUCAACCCCCCAACAACCUUCCACCUUAGCCUUUACCUCAGAUCCCAAAUAUGUUCCCUCAUGUUGAUCAUGCAGAAAGAGGAGAUGAGAAUCAACCACACAACUCAGCUCACAACUCUACUUCCACUGCCAACCAAGACGUAGUUGCAGCUCAGCUUGCUGCCAUGCAACAACAAUUUGGUGUCUUUCAGCUAGUGUUGGCUCAGCUCUUAGCUCGAAAUAACUCUGGUGAUCCCCUCAUCAAUUUACUUAACCCUACUCCACAACCCCCAGCUCCACAAUAAAAUCCCCAACCGGUUUAGCAUGCUCCUGCUCUUAGUAAAUCUCAGGGUCAAUC